AAAGCUUCACCCAACGACAUUUCCGCAGCUCCAGCCGCGUCAUUCGUGUCUUUCAUUAAGCAAAACAAUGGAAGAGAGUACACGCGAAAACCGUCAAAAAACAUUUACAUGCCAGUUGUGCGAUUUACGCUGCCCUUAUACUUCCUACGGACAGAAACCACCAAACACCAGAGCCAUUGUGUUGCUGGAGGAGUGCUAUGUGACGAAAGACCCCUUCAGUCCAGAUAAGGAGAAGUUUCUCGUUUUGGGUUCCAAGUGCAGCUUGUGUGGCGUCACCGUAUGCGUUGGUUCGGAUUGCAGUCUCUUCUACACCAAGAGGUUCUGCCUGCGCUGUGUCAACAAAAACCUGCAGCAGUUUCCCCGCCAGAUCCGGACCGAGCUGGCCAAGAAGCCGCCGCAAUAGGUUUACAGUUUUUUAACGUAAACAUAACAUGGGACACUUCAGCACCACCAUUUUUUUGUUACUCUUAUGCUUGAGAGUGAAUUCUACUAUUUUCUUUUUUUAAAAAGAACAUUUCAACUCCUAUUUAUCACCUGUGAGCAGGUCACAAGAUGUUAUUGACCUUUAAUACUGCAGGAACAGUUUGGUUUUUUUUUUUGUGACGCCUCUUAUCUGCACUGAUUGGAUUUACCACGAUUCAAUCAAGUUGUUUACGAGCUGCUGAAAUUGGAUCAACCGGUACUUUGUCAGCUCGCCAGCACACAGAUCAGCUGAUGCUUGUGAUAGUACUACGCGGCCCCUGCUAGCAAUUUGCCUCGCAAGUCUUUACAGCACAGAAGAUUACAGUUCUUCGGAUCAAUUAUUAAACUGCUGUAAACAAAAGAGAAACUAAAUUGUAGCUGCAAUUACAUUUUGGACUAUAUCCGUUCUCUUUAUUGACAUGUAAAAUAAAAUGUAUUUUCUGAUUA